AUGGCUAGUGGAUUCUGGUUCGUCGAAAUGACUGAACGAGCAAAACUGAUCUCAGCGUUUGUCACACCGUUUGGCUUGUUCGAGUGGCUGCGAAUGCCUUUUGGGCUCAAGAACGCGCCCCAGAUCUACCAACUUCUGGUUGACAAUGCGUUGUAUGGAUAUCUCACGAUCGGCCAGAGAUCAUCUUCUGAUGGCCCGAUCGACGUGUUCACAGAUGGAGAACCUGAGACAGAUCGACGACCCUCUGUACUGGGACGCCGAUCUUAA